AUGUUCAAAGUCCUUGAUCAGCUCAAAACUAGAGAUGGAAAAAUCCCCUAUGAAUUUUUAGAUGUUUCGUACCAAAAUUCAACAUUUCAUGAUUACACUUUGGAAUCUUUUAAAGAAAAAUACGUGAGCAUUUAUGGAGAAGAUGGUAUUGUCAAGAAUUUGCAACGAUAUGAAACAAUGCCUAAUUCAAGGAUAAUUCACGAAAACCAAAUUUGCUACAAGGUGGUGGAAAGUUUCUCGUCACCUAAAACCAAGUUAGGCAAACCCAAAGUGAAUACCUACAUUUUAUGCCCACUAUGUGACCCUUUCAAGAAUUCUCAUUUGAAACCUUCAUUCACCUCUAAAAUACGAGAUGGACAACGGGUUGCAGUUGAUCAGAAUCAACCACAAUUCUAUGAUACCUUACACUCCCAAUAUGAGCAUCAUUUAUCUCAAGUCCAUGGAGUAAUGAGGUUUGGUGCUGCUGCAAACCCUUUCGUUGGUUUGAGCUUGACACAGGGGAAAGUUAAUGCUGAAACACCUGUUUAUGAGUUGAAUUGUAUUUGCCCGUACAGCUUACCAUCUGCAUACCCAUGUCUUGCUGAACAUAGAUUGAAAGUUCUUGAUAGAAAUGAUAAUCCAUUCAAGGCUUAUUUCAGGCAUGUCCAUCUUCAGCAUUACAACCUUUCAUCCAAAAACCCUGAUUUUGUCUAUAAGCCAGAAAUCUCUGAUGUAAACGGAAACGUUUACUUAAACAUUUUCAUCCCAUUGUCAGUGCAAAAAUUUCAGUCAUCUCUAAGACAUUUGAAAGAUUGCUGUGCGUUUACAGAUAGAGCCCCUAUUCUUUGUAAGGAUCAGGAUCUAUUGAGUUUAGUCGCUAGUUAUGUUUCAACAACUCCAAAAAAGGAAUCGACACUGAAUGAUCCAUAUUCCCAAACACCUUCACUCAAAAGAAAAAGAUCUCUAUCACCAACUAUAACAAUAGAGGAUCUUCGAAACUUUGAUUCGAUGAAGAGAAUCAAGCCCAGUAAAAAUCCAUGUGUCAACAGAAAUGAUGGAAAAAUUUUUACAGACACAAAGGUUGAAGAAACAGGAAGUACACACUCUGUACAGUUAUUGGGAGAUAAAUAUCUAGCCAAGGAAUUAAUGAAAGGUCAUAGACAAAGGUUCUUUGGCUAUAAGCAUCCAUCAGCAGAACAAAACCAAAAAGAAGUUCAAAGAGCUAUGGAGAGUUUGAGAGAAUAUGCAGGAAUUGAUUUUUUCCCUUUUAGUUCGUUUCGUGUUAAACGUCCAUCGAAAUGUUUUGAUUGA